GUCUUUGAAUGACCAAAGGAAAGGGAUAGCAUUAAAAGCCGUCAAAGAAUCAACGAUGGAUGAUUCAAGCGACGAUGAUGAAGUCAAGCUUGUCAUGAAGAAGUUUUGUAAACUUCUACGGAAGAAAGAAAAGGUUGAGGAUGGCCCUGUGUGCUAUGGAUGUGGUGAAGCCGGGCACAUCAAGAACAAAUGCCCGAAAAGCGGAAGGAAUGCUCGGCACUUCAAAAGGCAAAGGGCAUAUAUCUCUUGGGGUGGCGACUCCGGCGACGAGUCAACCGAUCAAGACGAGGAUGAAACUUCCAACCUCUGUCUCAUCGCGCAUGAAGACCAAACCGACGAUGUACAAGAGAAGCCACCUUCCCAUCGAUGGGAAAAUCCAAACAUCGCUGGGAAGGCAGCCUUGGGUCCUUCCUCGCUUUCCAGUGGCGACCUUCCCAUCGAUGGAUCAAAGUCUAAGGCUUCCAAGAAGAAAAGCACUGCCGAACCCUCAAGUUCCGCGCCUCCUCCGUUCCCAUAUUUGGACGGAUCAUUUCUUGAGUUCGGGUCGGAAGAAGAACUAACACGCUUCCUCACUCACUUUGCCAAGCGCCCGAUCUCUCCACCUCGCGUGCUCCCGGAGUUGUUUCCCCAAGACAAAGGGUACCACGACCUCGACAACCAACUCCAAGCGUCGGGUUUGUGGCCAUUCGUCUCCAAGAGCCGCUCGAGCUUCAAUCCAGCCUUCGUCCGGGCUUUCUACUCCAAUCUCCGCCGUGACGGGGACACCAUUCGCAGCAGCAUCAAUCUCUACGACAUAGAGAUUGAUUUGCCUACCUUUGCUCGGGUCGCAGGGCUUGUAACACCCCAACCCGCAUGACCCAAACCCGUGAGACAGCGGACCGGUGUGCCACUGAAUUGGUAUCCGAAUUUGCAACAUUUUCAAAACAAUUUUAAACAAACGUUCUUUCAAUACAUAUAAAAAUCCAUCGGAGUAAUUUAAAAUAAUGCGGAAGCCUUUUUAAAGUCAAACAACUUGGGAUCUUGCCCGAAAACGUAAUAAGCAUUAAAGUUAAUUAAAUAAAGCAUAAUCAACAGAUUAAAGAGGCAGCCACGCCAUCGUACAUCUCCUCCUCAAUGCCCUCUGGGAUUGGCUCUAGGUUCAUCUGUCUGAUCACCUACGGACAGCAAAAAGAAAAACAACGCUAUCCGCUCAGCAUUGACGCUGAGUGGUACUCCAUUGUAGCACAAGAAUAAACAUAAUAAUUCAACAAUUAAGAUCGUGCAUAUGUUUAUCCUUUUAAUAAAAAUCAAUUCAACUUUAAAUUCGGUUCUUUAGACGGUUGACCAACAGUCAACUUAUUUUCUUUCUUUUCAAAACGAUUUAGGUGUUACGGGUUUCUCAUGAACUC